CAGCUUGAUUCUGUCUACAGUCAGCAUUUGCCAACAUGUACACACUACUCAGUGGAUUUUACAAGUACCUCACACAAAAGGACGAAUACUGCAUAUUAAUCCUUGGCCUAGACAAUGCUGGCAAGACGACCUAUCUGGAAGCGGCAAAGACAAAGUUUAGCAAAAACUACCGAGGGAUGAAUCCGAGCAAAAUUACAACUACAGUUGGGCUAAACAUUGGCCAAAUCGAUAUCGCUGGCAUACGGAUGAGCUUCUGGGAUUUGGGCGGCCAGCAGGAGCUGCAGUCGCUAUGGGACAAAUAUUACUCGGAGUCACACGCCGUCAUCUACGUGGUCGACUCGAAUGAUCGCACACGGAUGAGUGAAUCGAAGGAGGUAUUCGAUCGUAUGAUCAGCAAUGAGUAUCUGUCCGGGAUUCCUUUACUGGUGCUGGCAAACAAGCAAGAUUUGCCCGAUUGCAUGGGUGUGCGGGAAAUCAAACCCGUCUUCCAGGAGGCUGGCCAUCUUAUUGGACGCCGCGACUGUUUAGUGAUGCCCGUAUCGGCGCUUACGGGGGAAGGUGUCGAUGAAGGUAUCAAGUGGUUGGUCGAGUCCAUCAAGCGAAACUCAAUCGUUCGCCCUCCAAAGACGGAAGACACCUGAUCAUAAUUGGAUUUGUCGAUUAGCUUUGAUUUGCACUUACGUAUUUAUAUUUGUGAUAUAUGUGCAUGAUGAUU